UGCUGAGAUGUUUUAGUGCACUCAAGUUUUCUUACCAGUUAUUGUCAACCUCAGUAUUUAUCUUGGUGCUGAAAUGACCGACCAGCCUGUCUCUGUACAUAAAGUAGGGAGGUGUAUGUUAAACAACUGGGCAGAAGAGAGGGCCGCUGCUGCUCUUGACACAGAGGAGACGAGGAUCCAGAUCCAAAGACAAGGACACAAAGGGAUUCUCACAUUGGCCCAAGACUCUACAAUGGAAACUGUGACCACACACAGAGCAGUAUUCAUCCCUCCGAAGGAUCCAGGAGUGAGGAAGAGAGGCAUCAGAAGUGAGCUUUUGGAAAAACAUAUCGCCCUGAUGAUAAGUGAGAAGUUUCGUGCUGAAAAGAACUUACCCCAACCCAAAACCGACUUCAGCUCCACGACCCAGAGGGAUUUCUGCGCAGACGGAUUUGUGCCUCCCACUCCUGAACCAACAGAGGAUUAUGAUUACAAAUCUGAUGAGGCCAUUACAUUUUGGAGUGAAAAUCGCCAUCAGAUACAGGGUGUAACAGCUGUAAACAACCUACAAGCUCCCUUUAGGAAGUCGGCCAAGUUCAGCACUCCCAUCAGUGAGCGUCUGGAUGAGCCUGAGCCUCUUCCUGAUGACUGAGACAGUACAGCACAUUAUCACAUCACAUUCAACCAUUACGGGCUAAAAUUAAAGAGUCACUAACAUUCAUCUUCAUGAUUUGUAAACUUUAAAGAAGAUUCCAGUCAAAUAGAAAGAUCUUGACUCAUUUUGUAACCAUGGCAAAAAUAUAUCUUGUAGGCCCCCAGUAUUCUUGUUCUUACUCACCAAAAAUUAGCAGGAAAGCUUAUGCACACAGUCUAAAUUGCACAACUACACUCUGCAAUACAUAUUGGUGCAAUUAAGACAGAGCUCUCUUUCUUUCCCUCGCAGGGAAGGAGUUGGGUUUUUUUUUCAAGAUUUGGUAGUUUCAUUUACUAUCUUUGAAUUAUCAGGGGUUGUGUUUUUAAACCAAAAAAGUAUUAAACAAUUAUAUUUUUUACUUUAUAUGGAUCGCAUUAAAAUCAAUC